GUAAGGAGAAAGCUGAGCCGCAGCGAGGCUAUGAAUCGGCUGCUAACUCCGCGUGUCCUCGUCUAAAGUUCACCCCGCGGCUCGUUGAGGUGCUCGAGCGUUCGUCCCGCGGUGCGAGCGGCGGAGCGGCGGAGCGGCUCUUCGGCCGGUCGGCGGAGGGAGCGUAAAGUAAAUGAACGCGUUGUUUGGAGCCGCUAAACAAAGAGCUUUUCUUCCCUCUAACGUUACUACCAUUGUUACCCACCGGAGCGCCUCUUUUCGGACCAAUUCAGAGGUGGUCCCGUCUGGAAAAAGUGAGGGGCGGCCUGUGCUCCAGUCAUGACCUCUGGGAAUGGGAACACUAACAGCAACAGCAGCCAACCCAAUGGAGAGAGCAAACCGGCCCAGGCCUUAGUCGAGUCCCACAUCCUCACCCAUCUGAUAGAAGGCUUCGUUAUCCAGGAGGGGGCUGAGCCUUUCCCCGUGGAACGUCCAUCUUUCUCAAUCGAGAGCCUAAGGAGACACACUGCAGACUCAAAGAUGGACGGCCUCUCAGCAAAGGAGCUCAAGGCCCAGAAGGAGCCAAUGCUGACCUGUGAGCUGUGUGGGAAGGUGGACUUCGCCUACGUCUUCAAGAGGUCCAAGAGGUUCUGUUCUACUGUGUGCGCCAAACGCUACAAUGUGGGAUGCACAAAGAGAAUGGGUCUCUUCCCAAACCGCCAAACCACCCUGGAGAACAUGAAGAAACAAAGAGCACUCAACGGAAACCACAAAAACGGCAGUUUAGAGUCUAAAAAGAAGAAGCCUGCUGCUGCUCUGUCCACUGGUCACUCGGUCUACCCGGCACAGGGAGAGUCCAGCCAAUGUUCAGACUUGUCCGGCUACAAAAGACCCCCGUCCCCCCUGUCAGCCUCCCAGCCCCACAGCUUCCUGCCCAGUGACCCCGGCCAGUGGAACAUAGAGGACGUCUACGAGUUCAUCUCCUCUCUGCCAGGUUGUUUGGAGAUUGCAGAGGAGUUCCGUUGUCAGGAGAUCGAUGGACAGGCCCUGCUGCUGCUGAAGGAGGACCAUCUCAUGGGCACUAUGAACAUCAAACUGGGUCCUGCACUCAAGAUCUAUGCCCAGAUUAGCACACUUAAAGACUCGUAG